UACGAGCCGCUGCCGCCCGCGCUGCCGGACGCCGGCGAGCAGGACUGCUGCGGGGAGCGCGUGGUGAUCAACAUCUCGGGGCUGCGCUUCGAGACGCAGCUGAAGACCCUGUGCCAGUUCCCGGAGACCCUGCUGGGCGACCCCAAGCGGCGCAUGCGGUACUUCGACCCGCUCCGCAACGAGUACUUCUUCGACCGCAACCGACCCAGCUUCGACGCCAUCCUCUACUACUACCAGUCCGGGGGCCGCAUCCGCCGGCCGGUCAACGUGCCCAUCGACAUCUUCUCCGAGGAGAUCCGCUUCUACCAGCUGGGCGAGGAGGCCAUGGAGAAGUUCCGCGAGGACGAGGGCUUCCUGCGGGAGGAGGAGCGGCCGCUGCCCCGCCGCGAUUUCCAGCGCCAGGUGUGGCUGCUUUUCGAGUACCCGGAGAGCUCCGGGCCGGCGCGGGGCAUCGCCAUCGUGUCCGUGCUCGUCAUCCUCAUCUCCAUCGUCAUCUUCUGCCUGGAGACGCUGCCCGAGUUCCGCUACGAGGACUACCCGGCCUCGCCGUCGCAGGAGCUGUUCGAGGCGGCCAGCAACAGCACGUCGGGGGCCCCCGCCGGAGCCUCCAGCUUCUCCGAUCCCUUCUUCGUGGUGGAGACGCUGUGCAUCAUUUGGUUCUCUUUUGAGCUGCUGGUGCGGUUCUUCGCUUGCCCCAGCAAAGCCACCUUCUCCCGAAAUAUCAUGAACCUGAUAGACAUCGUGGCCAUCAUCCCCUAUUUCAUCACUCUGGGCACCGAGCUGGCUGAGCGACAGGGCAAUGGACAGCAAGCCAUGUCCCUGGCCAUCCUGAGGGUCAUCCGGCUGGUGCGCGUCUUCCGCAUCUUCAAGCUCUCCCGCCAUUCCAAGGGGCUGCAGAUCCUGGGGCAGACGCUGAAGGCGUCCAUGCGGGAGCUGGGGCUGCUCAUCUUCUUCCUCUUCAUCGGGGUCAUCCUCUUCUCCAGCGCGGUCUACUUUGCAGAGGCAGACGACCCCACUUCAGGUUUUAGCAGUAUCCCGGAUGCCUUCUGGUGGGCAGUGGUAACUAUGACGACAGUAGGUUACGGGGAUAUGCACCCAGUGACCAUAGGGGGCAAGAUUGUGGGGUCGCUCUGUGCCAUCGCUGGUGUCUUGACCAUUGCUUUGCCAGUCCCGGUGAUUGUCUCCAACUUCAAUUACUUCUACCACCGGGAGACCGAAGGGGAAGAGCAAGCCCAGUACAUGCACGUGGGAAGCUGCCAGCACCUCUCCCCUUCAGCUGAGGAGCUCCGGAAAGCAAGGAGUAACUCGACUCUGAGUAAGUCGGAGUAUAUGGUGAUGGAAGAGGGGGGUAUGAACCAUAGCGCGUUCCCCCAGACCCCUUUCAAAACGGGCAAUUCCACUGCCACCUGCACCACGAACAAUAACCCCAACUCCUGCGUCAACAUCAAAAAGAUAUUUACCGAUGUUUAAUAUGUGAUACAAGUGACAUGCCGUGCUCAGUAUUGUGUGAACUGUUCCCCCUUGGUCUGUGUUGCCCUUGUUUUGUACAUUUUCAGACCAUUCAUCAAGGACAGGACAUUAAGAAGUGGAAAGCACACUUCAUCCUCCCUCUCCCUACUGCUUCAUACUGAAACAAGUGUCUGUUUUGCAAGUGGGCUGCAUUCUCUCAGCUCUACCGUUUUUUUCUCCCUCUCUCUUAAUACCGCGAACAACAAACACUUUAAACUUGAUUUCUAGUACACGCCCUAUUAAAAAAAAA